AUGGGCGAUUGCUGCCAUGCCCCCCAAAAUGGCGAUGUCUACCAAAGCAUCCGUCAUAACGUCCUAGCGGACAAAUGGGAUAGCGUUGAAGUCUUCAAGGACCACAACUGUCUGGAAGAACUAAGAAUCGUCCUCAACGGUGACGAAGAAGCACAGCGGGGGUGCAUGGACGGUCACUACCCAGAUGGUAAAGACUGGCCGAUUUAUAGCGCGAAAGUGUUCCGGGAGGGCCAGACGCCGCCGAAAGUCGGAAAGGGGGACAAGCUGAAGGGAUGGUUUACCUCGACCGAGUUAAGCAAGGGCCCCACGGCAGGGAAACGCGAAGCUGCCGCAGUCGCUGAGGCAGACCACUAUGUGUACCAAGAAGGAAACGUUCUCCGCUCGAUACCCAUGAACUCCUCGCUGGGGCGGCGCUUCGAGGCCUUGAACUCGACGAGCGAGCAGGACGACUUCAUGAGGACGUUCGGAACUCUGUUUUCUGAGAAUGAGACAUCAGCGGGAGCUGUCGGCGCCUGA